CUCUCUUUCCCCUCCUCUCAUCGCUCACACAUAGCCUACAGGGCAUAUGACUAACUUCAGCUUUUAGUUUGUACUCGAGUCGAGAUAACACUUUCUGGGAAUUGGCCUGGCUGGACUGCAUUCCUGUUUUGAAAUAACCAUGUGGGAUUAACACCAAUGUCUUCCUGAUUCCUGGUCAUUCUGGAUAUUACAAAUCACCUGUGAGUCCCAGAUGGCCAUGGCAGUCCCGGGCCGGGCGUCAGUGUUUACAUUUGAAUCCUCGGUGCACCCCAGUCACGUUCUGAUCUCUCUGGAGGAGCAGAGACAGCGGGACAUCCUGUGUGAUGUUACUGUGGUUACCAAUGAGGGACAGAGUUUCAGGGCCCACCGCUCUGUCCUGGCAUCCUGCAGCGAAUACUUCUCCCAAAGAAUCUCCUCUCUGGCUGGGCAAAAUACUGUCAUCACACUGCCCUCAGAGGUAACUUCUGCUGGUUUUGAGCCAUUGUUGAAAUUUGCCUACACAUCCAAACUGCUUUUCAGCAAAGAAGACGUUUUAGACAUCCAAAACACAGCGACUACUCUUGGAUUCAAAGACUUGGACAGCGCAUGUUUUGAUUUCCUCCUCCCCAAAUUCUUCUCCAGCAACAAGGCCUGUGUAGUGAGAAAGACAUGCUGUAAGAAUAAAUUUAAGAAAGAUUUAUCCAGAAACACUGUUGAUUCAAGUGAGUAUUUGGAUGACAAAGAAGCAAAACCUGUUGGUGACUCACCAUCACAAGAGGAAGUAGCAUUUGAGAGUAACAAGUCAGACACUAUCAAAAUUCAGAAUGCUGUGUGCUUUUCGUCACCUGUAACACCCGCAGCACCUGUAAGCAAAAUACCUGCUAAUGACAAUGUUGUUCAAUGCCCCAAAUAUCGGAAGUUCCAGAUGGCCUGUGGUAAAGAGACAAAUAAAAGCCAGCAAAAACCUGUGAUAAACUACUACUGCAAUUCGCCAUGUUCUAGCAACAGUGAAAGUGGAAGUUGCCCCUUAAGAGUGUCCAGACAGGUUGAAGACUUGUUUGACGUCAGAUUAGGGAAUUUCCAUCAUGUUGAUGCCAAUAAAGUGGACACAACAAAUGAAAAGACACAAGAAAUUGAAAUGCAGGACAACAUCAGAACAACAUGCUAUGCAGAUGGUAUGUGCAGCAGUAGUGACGUAUCAAACAGGUUAGAGUCACCUGAGUGCACUGCAGAGGCCCAAGAAGUCAUGAGGUCAUUGGGUCAUAACAUGGCUGCGGUGAACAACAACUUUGCCCAGAGAGGAUGUGUGAAAGCUGAUGAGGAAAUCACUGACAAACAAGAUAGAGAUAGGCAACAAAAUGUGGUUCAAAAUUGUAAUGGAAAGUGGACAUUAGAAGAAGCAAAAACACCAAACUCUUCUCUAGAUUGGUUCAAUGUUCAGCCUAACUCCUCAUUUCCUCCAGACAUGGACAAAAGCACAAGUGAUUGGACAUUAGACAUUAGACCCAAGUCUUCUGAGUGUGAGGGGACAUCCCAGUCUGGGCUUUCCUCUCUCAACUCUGGUGAAGAUUCAGACACAGAAGAGGUGGAGGGCUACUGUGAUGUCUAUGUACAAGAAAGAGCAAAAGAGGUGAAGCUGCCUUAUCCUGUAGACCAAAUGCUUGAGAUGAGCAGAAACGAUUUCCAGGAGCUUUUGGAUAAACAGAACUUAACACAAGAACAGCUGGAACUGGUGCGUGACAUGAGACGACGAAGCAAAAACCGACUUGCGGCCCAGCGCUGUCGCAAACGCAAACUUGACUGUAUUUACAACUUACAGUGUGAGAUCAACAAACUGAAAACUGAAAGGGAGAAGCUGAUUGAAGAGAAAAAUCGACUGUGCAAGUUGCGGCUGAAUACGUGCCACAGAGUGUCCACAUUGUUCCAGAGAGUUUGUGCUGGCGCUGACCUGCCUCCAGAGCACCUACAGCUGUUAGCCAAAUACACUUCUGCUGAAUGCCCUCUGGCCUCCUAUGUCCCCAUCAUAGACUCACUUCUGUCAUCAUCUCAGCUGCAUCAGACUACACAGCUGCCCCCUGGUGGAACAGCAGUGGACGGUCACUACUCAGGGACCAAUACAUAAAUGGUAAAUGAUAACCUCAUAUAAUGAUUGUACUGUAGACCUAAAUAGCAUAACAUACAGGCAAGUGCAGCCAUAAAAACAACUUGUGACGAGUUGUUUUCGGACCAUUUACUAUGUAACAUUGACUUUCUUUUCAUUUUAAUUUAACUUGUUGCAUUUGACAGUUCACAACACCUUUACAAUUCAGCUCAGAAUCAUUCACCAAUAUAAGAACACAAUUCACUAAUCUGCACAUGUUUUAAGAAAUAGAAGUAUAUUGGAAAAUACUUCACAGUGGGUGUGGAUCUAUAAAAGUCACCUUUUGAAGUGAAAUAUUUAAUAAGCAGACUCUUGCACUGUGUCUUCUAAGUCAUUUACAAGCAGGCUGUAUUUGUAAUAUACUGUAUUAACUCAGGGAUUAUGUAACCAUUACCAAGGGUGUGAUCUCUUCUAUUUUAAGUGGUACACUACUCUUGUAAUGUAGGAGAUCUUGUCACAGUACAUUCCAUUUGACCACAGGGAUAUGGAUCAACAGUCAAAACAGACUGAUUAACCAUGACUAACAAUGACAGGGCAUGAUUGAGCAGUGUCCAGAUUUUAGUCUCUGCCCUCAUGUCUGCCUCUCUGUAUUACACACUGUCAUUGUGGUGGACUCCUUUCAGCUGACCACACUGACACAGCCUUCCCCCACACUUCUCACUCUCGCAAACAAUGACUUAACAGACCUCUGGUGUUGGUAUUCUGUUUCUUGGGUUUACUUAGUAUUUAAGUGCAUUACUUUUUGAGAUCAUGAGUGUAUCAACUUUGUGUUUGAGAGAACACAGACCCUCCAGGAAAAUGUAGCUCUAGAACAAGACACUUGACUUUAGUCAAACUACAAAAGUAUUCUAAUGUGUCUUUAACUAUCUGUGGAAUUUUAAGUAUUGUGAAUAAAAUAUUCAGGAUCUAUCAAUAUCUUUGAACCACAGGACAAACUGGACAGGCAGUGUGAGUUUGAAUAUUCUGUGUUCCUGGUGCUGAGCGCCCUCUAGUGACACAGUGAGGGUUGUAUGAUAUGUAAUAUACAAAUACUUUUGUAUUAUAUUUUUUCUAAAUAUGAAUAUAAUGUAAUCACAAAUUAAAAUGAUUUUAAUAAAACAGUUUAAGGUUAAA